GCCACCGCCUGGGCCCCGGAAUGCCCGGGAUCUCCGCCCGGCACCUCUCUCACGAAGAGAGGAGACAGCUAGCGGUGAAUCUCACCCGGGUCGUGACGCUCUACCGUUCCAUCCUGGACGCCUACAUCAUCGAAUUUUUCACAGACAACCUGUGGGGCACACUCCCUUGCUCGUGGCAGGAAGCACUGGAUGGACUGAACCCGCCACAGCUGGCCACGCUGCUGCUGGGGAUGCCUAGAGAAGGGGAAGUGGCCAGGUACAGGUCGGUGUGGCCACUCACCCUGCUGGCCCUGAAGUCCACAGCCUAUGCCCUGGCCUUUACCCGGACGCCUGGGUUUCAGACCCCCUCAGAGUUCCUGGAGAAUCCCAGCCAGAGUUCCCGGCUGACAGCUCCAUUCCGGAAACAUGUCAGGCCCAAGAAGCAGCAUGAGAUUCGGAGGCUGGGAGAGCUGGUGAAGAAGCUGAGUGACCUCACAGGCUGCACCCAGGUUGUGGAUGUAGGCUCAGGCCAGGGCCAUCUCUCCCGCUUCAUGUCCCUGGGGCUGGGGCUGACGGUAAAGAGCAUUGAAGGGGAUCAGAGACUGGUGGAGAGAGCCCAGCGCCUAGACCAGGAGCUCCUACAGACUCUGGAGAAAGAGGAGAAGAGGAACCCAAAGGUGGUCCACACUGGCCCCCGUCACCCCCCACACCACGUGGUUAGGUGGGUAGACCCCACGGCCCUGUGCGAGGAGCUCCUGCUUCCACUGGAGACCUCGCCUCAGAGCGGGGCCCGCCUGCUGCUGACGGGCCUCCACGCCUGCGGGGACCUGAGUGUCGCCUUGCUGAGGCACUUCUCCUGCUGCCCUGAGGUGGUGGCCCUGGCUUCAGUGGGCUGCUGCUACAUGAAGCUGAGUGACCCUGGCGGCUACCCACUCAGUCAGUGGGUGGCUGGGCUGCCCGGCUGUGAACUGCCCUACAGGCUUCGGGAGGGGGCCUGCCACGCCCUGGAGGAAUAUGCUGAGCGGCUACAGAAAGCAGGCCCCAGCCUCAGAACCCACUGCUACCGCGCAGCACUGGAGACCGUCAUCCGGUGUGCCCAGCCUGAGCUCCGGCGGCCAGGCGUGCAGGGGAUUCCCAGGGUCCACGAGCUCAAGAUUGAAGAAUAUGUGCAGCGGGGGCUACAGCGGGUGGGGCUGGACCCCCACCUGCCACUGAAUGUGGCUGUCCUUCGAGCUCACCAGGCCCAGGAGAACCGUGUGGUGGCCUUCUUCAGCCUAGCCCUGCUGCUGGCCCCACUGGUGGAGACUCUGAUUCUACUGGACCGGCUGCUCUACCUUCAGGAGCAGGGCUUCCACGCUGAGCUCCUGCCCAUCUUCAGUCCCGAACUCUCGCCAAGAAACCUGGUUCUGGUGGCCACCAAAGGGCCUCUAGGUGAGGCCUUCUCUCUUCUGGAGACUGAAGACAGCUGACGCAGCCAGAGGAAGGGCGCAUCUCAGACCCCAUCUGAAACUGCCAGGCACCACGCUGGGAGUCAGUCUUCGCCUCCUCAGCCAGAGAACCAGCAUCCUGCAUCCUCCCUGGCAUCUGGGUUCCCUACAAACCAGCGUCAUAACCUUUCUCUCCCUGUGUAUGUUAUAUAAUAUUAUGCAGAAGUUUAUUUUCAACUUAUUAAAAAAUUGAAGUCUG